UUUCUGGGCGCUGCUUGGUCCUCCAAACUGUUGCACGGUUUGUUUGAUAUGCUUGAUUUUAAGCAACAAUGAAAAACUUAAGUGUGUGGGAAGUUACUUUUGGAACUUAACCACACCUUGCAACGUGUCUGCAUCAGUUUAUAAAGACGAAACUCGAGUUGGAGAAGAACCGUGGUCUCUCGGCCCGCUUGUGGAGUAUUGAAUACAUUACAGAUGGUCUUCACUUGAACUGAAGGCAAGCCACAUUUGGCUGUCACUCUGCUCCAUUCAAAAACAUGGCAGACAGUUUUUAUAAGUUGGAAGAUGAAGCCUUCCCCAGUUUCCUCUGCAAGUCUCUGGACAGCACCAGUGGCCGCGCCACGCUGGGGAAUGUGACAUUGGGUUCAGGCCCAGGACUUCCAGUGGCUGCCUCCACUGUAGCUAAAAUUAGACCGGGCUCUGACAACAGAGGAGAUCCUGUUGAGGCGUCAUAUCUGGAGGGCAGAGAGCUGCAGCAGGCCAGCUCACAGUCAUCUGUUGGAGAAAAGUUUGCCCUCAGCUUCAAAGAUGACUUGGACAAUGCGGAUGACUUCAUUGCAGCCCAUCGUCUUUCAGACAUGCUGGUGAAGAUUAAUCUGAAUGAGAGUGCAUCUCAUAACCAAGGCUCCAUGCUGGGGCUUCCUCCCACACAGAUGGGCUCAGUCCACGGCCGGCCCACAGAACUUGGAACAGAUCUGUCAACAGGGCUUCUGACAUUUGCCCAGUUUGGACAUAAAGAUAGUACAGAUGCAAAGGCUCAGCCCUUACCAGCUACAUCUGAGGAGGACAGCGACCAUUUCAGUGGCAGUAACUCAAGCUUCCUGGCAAAUGAGAAGCUCAUCUCUGUGGACAGCAUGAACAGCGAUAUCACAGAUGAUGACAUUGAUUCGAACAACCUGCCUGAUGAUGAGCUGGAGCUGUAUUUCAAUAAGCUGGUGCCUCCUGCCAUGCAGAGAGGCAGAGUGGAGGGCCAGGAGAUUCCUGCAACAGGACUGCAGGGUGCUGCUGAUGACACAUCAAACCCAAGUUCUACAGAACCAGAACAGUAUAGACACCAGUUCCUUGAUGACUACAAUCAGGAGGACUUCCAGAUGCCUCACGUGCGUCUGGCUGCUACAGGUAUGGACUCUUGUCCUGCCAGUGAUGAAGACACUGAGGAUGAGCUGGAGUCUGCCAGAAGGAACAGCAAUGCUACCAGGACACGGCUGCUGCCCAGCACCUCCAGACAACUGGUCGGAGAGAGUAAUCGUCCCAGUUUCAGGCCGGGCUUAGAGGGAGGCAGUUCUGAUGAUGAGGCUUCCACUGGCCGCGGCGGUCCCUCUCUGUCUGGGAUUGAACACCGACGAUCUGCCGAGGGACAAGUCAUCAACCCUCCGGUCACAGGGGAUGGAGGAGGUGGGGAUGGGAGCAGUGGAAGUGAGGAAAGCGGAAAUGACGGUGGAGUUUCGACCAUCACUCUCCCAACGACUAACGUCCAGACAACCUAUGAUGCCCUGCGCGGGCUGGGGAUUGUGGGAAGCAGUGCUGUUGGUGAAGAUGAGGAGGUUGAUUUGAAUAAUCUGCCAGGACAUGGAAGGAACGGUCUUUCCAGACAUACUGAGAUGGGUGACCGUGUGGGUCCUGUAGGAACAGGAGAGGCCAGCUCCUCUUUGGGGGCAUCAGGGGGAGCUCAGAGGCUUUCUCCCAUCAACUGGAGCAUGGUCCUGGACCGGCAGGAGGCACUGGAUGCCAUGGAGAGCACAGAGUCUGGGCCCACUGUUGACCGACUAUUGGACUCAGUCUACCUAAGAAGUGGAGCUGGACUCAGGAGACCUCAGGACACAGAAAACCUAAUUGUCUCCCACCUUCAAGACACCCAGGGGAGCUUCCACCUCUCCCAGGUUCUGCUCCCAGAAUGCGAUGAUGAGGAUGAUGGAGUAGAUGAGCCUGAUGGUGCCAGGCCUUCCUUGGGCUCAAGGGGUGGGCCUUGUGGUGAUGUGACUGGUGCAGAGGCUUCAGACAGUACCAGUGAGGAUGACAACAAUCCCCUUUCCACCUCCCUGGAACCCAAGUAUUUCUCCCAGAGCUUCCACCAGGAACAGGAAGAUUCAGAUGAUGGUUGGAACCAUUGCCCAGACAACCUGGAGCUGGAGUUUCAACAAGGUGCCAAUGCCACUCAUAGUGUGGUGUACCAGAAUGAAGAAGGGCAGUGGGUGACAGACCUGGCAUAUUACUCCAACUUUGAGAAAGAGGUUGAUGGGAAGACCUCAGAGAAUGUUGGCCAGUUCCAGACUGAGGACUUUGUGCCUGCCAGUGAUGCUAUGGAAAAGAUAGUUAAGGAUCAAGAGGAAUUUGAGAAGGAGCACCAAUUCAUGCAGGAGGAGAAUAUUGAACCAGCCAGCAGCAACAGCACCUUUCACAGUGACUCAUCUUGGAAGGUUGCCUCCAACAGCCACAUCCUGAUGAGGGCUUCCCAGGUCUCCUCAGAUUUUAAGCAGGGGGACCAAAGCUACCUGCGGCUGUCUUUUGGGCAGUUUAUUGGACAGCGCUCUGAAGCCCUGGGCUGUCUGGGCAGCACUGAUGAUGUGGAUGGGUUUAAACGGCCAUCCUUUGGCUACAUCAUUAACUCUCCAGAGAAGAGGGAACCAUUUCCCCUAAUUCACCCCUCAGAGUUCUCAGGUAGAGACACCACUCCAGACACUAUGGAUCUCAGCGAAGCAGACAAGACACUCAACCCAGAGGACCUGGACAAAACUCUUGAGGCACCAGGUGAAAGGGUCUCACCGAAAGGUGAUACUGAUCCAGAACCAUGUGAACAGGAGGACCAUACCGUUAAAACUGCAAUGCCUGAUCACAGCGAAGGCUCUGGCUCAGAGUCAAGCUUCAGUAACCAAAGCUGUGUGUCCCCCGACAAUAACAGCAGCCAUCUGAUACUGAGUAUCAGCUCAAUUGCUUCAGCCAUUGCUGAUGCCUCCAUCAGCACUGACCCAUCGCAGCUGGCUGCCAUGAUCAUGGAGCUGUCCAAGAGGAGUAGGGCGAGGAAUCGACCUGCUGUCAACUGCACAGAGGAACCACACUCAGCUGAAAAUAUACUCCCUGAGCCGGAUCAGAGCGCCAUGAUGGACGCACUGCAGAGAAGCACCUGUGUUGGAGAGCUGAGUGCCUUCGACAUGGAGAAAUACCUGAAAAAGACUGAUGUGUCAGGCAGCAGUGAUGCCUCUGGGGCACACACUACCUUUGACCUGACCGGCUGGGCUGACAACCUCAGCAGCUCUCAAAGUAACCCUCUGGCAGGAUAUCUUGAGGAACAGGGGAGCUCAGUUCAGCGAGUGGAUAGCGAGACUCAACACAAGCCCACAAGUACAAAAACUGAGGAGAAAGACAGAAGAGGAGAGACAACGUUAAACACUAGCUCAUCUCCAGGUCAUAAGGGUGACUCAAAAAGAAGCUCUAUUCCUCGUCCUCGUACAUCUUUCAGCUCUGCCAGAAGGUCUGUGGGCUCAGGGCAGUCUUCCACUCUCAAGCCUCCUGCAGACAAAAUGGCAGCAUGUGAUAACUCUGCUUCGUCUGCCACCAAGACUUGUGGUUCCUCAAGCAGGACCGUCACAGAAAAUGGAGUCAAGCCAGGAGAACUGAACCAACAAGCAUCCAAUAUUAGGUCUUCCUUAGAAACAUCACAAAAAACUGAUAAAAGCCCUGCUGCCUCACCAGGCUGGAGUAAAGGGCAGUCAGGCCUGCCUUGCUUUAAAGAUUCCUCUCCUCCGCCACAGAGGGUGAGGAAUGCUGGCCAGCAGCAGCAGGACAGACCCAGUAAUUCUCUGGAGAAGAAACCACCACCCAGCAAUAUCAUGGCUGCUCCACUACCUCGUAGCUCUGUGGAGAAGCAUGUUGGCUUCUCUUGCCAAAACACCCAGCCUCCACUAGACCCUGCAUCUGAACUGCUGAAGGGUUUUUCUGAGCCCUGCAAUGAGGAGACACAGUGUAACUUCAGACCGUCCACCUCUCCGCUUACUCACUCCUCUCCAAGUCAGACCUCCAUUCCCAGUGCUGAUGGUAUGGCGUCACCUGCGUCGUCCAGUGGAGGUCUGGCAGACAAACGUCCAGGUCUUGACCUCUCUCCUCAGUCUAUCUGCUCCAGCCCUAGUCUCAGCAGGCUCACAUACAUCUCAAUGAAUGAUGGCACUGUCAUACCUACACCCGAGAGGCAAAAGAAUAACUGUACCAUGGCACUGAGCACCACCAUCAUCAGAUUCAGUCCAACUCCACCUGUAGAACCAGAUGCACAGUCUAACCUUGAUAUUCUUUGUCUGCCCAAAAGCCUGGACCAGAUGCAACCACAGCAUUCUAAAAGUCUGGACCCACUACCAGCACAGCAGUGUAAAAGCCCGGAGCCCUCAUGUAGUGGUUCUGCUCUGAGCUGUACUCGCAGCCAGAGUGAAUGUAACUACCAGUGCCCUGGGGACAGAACUUGUGAUCUUUCAGCUGGUUGCAGGAACCACAAGCACCUCUCUGAAUCCAUUGUCAGACAGCUCACUAAAGUGGACUCCGGCUAUUGCAGUAAUCUGAACAUUCAGCAAACUAACAGCACUGCAGCUCCUCAGAGCUCCCAGCAGUGGGGAGCUGCUAGCUCAGUGUCGUCGGUGUAUGCUGGUGGCCUUGGCAUAACUCCGUCCUACUCAGCAGAGGGACUUCACUAUGUGCCCAUCCCUAGCUUUAAGCCCCAGUGUGCUGGCUUGAUUGACCUUCCUCACCAAGGAGAUAUGCAGUCCCUCCUCACUGGACGCUCUCUCUUCAACUCCCAUCUGGCUCAGCAGUAUUUGGGACCUGAAGCUCCAUUACAUCCUGGUGCUUAUCAUGUGGGAGCCACAGGAAAUGGUCUCUUCGGUGUGUCCUCUACAGGAAUAGCCAACAGUGAUCCCACAGUAAGACACGUCCAUCCCACAUCAGGUCCUCUGGGGAUUUCUGGGGCUGCUGGGUCCCAUUACCUCCCUAGACCCCAUCAGAGCCAGCAGGACAUGGGAAUGUUGGGAAAACCCUACAGUCAAUAUGGGACCGAGCCACUGGUGGGAGGUGGUCUUGAGGAACUGAGAGGCCAAGUGGUGGUGCCAGAGGAACUGCGGUUCCCUCACGCCUGCUGCGUAGGCAUCGCCUCACAGACCUCCCUCAGCCUCUUCAACCCCUCUGAGAGAUGGCAGCAAGUGUCAAUCACUGUCACCAGCCUGGCCAUUGAUGGAGAGAAGGUGGAUAGCUUGCCGUACCAGUGGCUUAUAGUAAAGAACAAGACUAUCAUUGGCCCUAAGAGUACAGAAGAGCAGAAGGUGUUGUUCAUCCCUCCACAGGCUGGUGUCUACCAGUGUGUCCUCAGUGUCUGCUCCUGGCCUGCAUCCGCUGAGACAGAGGUUGCUGCCAGGGCCAAUAUCUUUGCUAAAAGGGUGGUGCUGGUUGCCAUAGCAGAGAAUCCUGUGCUAGAGGUUGAAGUAAGCAAAUCGGGCUGUCUGGAUUUUGGAGACCUUCCGGGAGGCAGUGCCAAAUUCCUUCCUCUCAAACUGCUCAACAGGACUCAUGCUACAGUGCCCAUCCGCCUAGUCAUCAGUGCAAAUGCUACAGCAUGGCGAUGCUUCACCUUUUCCAAGCACCCUGUUACCAUGACAUCUGAGGCAACACAGCAGGCUGGACACAUGUCCGCAGUGUCCUCUCCCUCUGUGAUGAAUCACGUGAUGCAUGCCAGCUACGGAGAGAAUCCGCAGAGCUUCAUGGUCUGGAUUCACUUCAAGGCCCCUCAGAAGUACACAGUUUCCUCAGGAGAGCUCGGUCCAGCUGAUGAGUACAGUGCUCGGGUGGACAUUGAAGUAGACUCUCCUGGUCCAAGUCAUGUGAUCAGGAGUAUUCCCCUUAGAGCCAGGUCUGGAACUGCACGGGUCCAUGCCCCUAAAGACCUGCAGACUGUCAGCCUGUCUGCUCCACUGGGUAAAUCUAGUCAACAGAUGCUGCCAUUAAAGAAUGCAGGAAACAUUGACGUGCAGCUGAAACUCAAGAGCAGUGAUGCUGAGGACAGUUUCUCUGUGACACCUGAGGAACUGUCUGUGAAAGUGGGAGAGGAGCAAGGCAUCGUGGUCUCCUUCAAAGCGAAGGGCAGCAGGAAAUAUCGAGAAAGCCUUCUCACCAUCUUGGUGCUGCCAACAGGUCCUCAGUAUGAGGUAACCCUGAAAGGAGAAGUUGUCCCACAGGACUCUGGGAAACCUGUCAUUCCCUCUGCUGCGGUCUUUGGUUCUGGUGUGGCCAAUGAUGUUCCACCAAUUCUCUCUAAUAAACAAUUUGUAGCCUGGGGAGGGGUUACUCUGGGACGAGCUGUCCAACAGAAGCUGGUUCUAAGGAACAACUCUGCUAACGCCACACAGCAGCUACGGUUACUUAUUCGUGGUCAAGACCAGGACUGUUUUCAGCUCCAGAGUAUGUUCAGUCCUGAAGAGCGUCUGACCAGACAUGGGGAGCUGUCCAUUCGUCCCAGGGAGGACGUGACCGUCCACCUGCUCUUUGCUCCCACCAGGGUGGCCUGCAUGUUGGCCAAGCUGGAGAUCAAACAGUCUGGAGUCCGCCCUUCACAGCCAGGGAUCAAAUUCACUAUUCCACUGUCGGGCUACGGUGGGACCAGCAACAUCAUCCUGGAGGACCAGAGGAAACAGGCGGACGGUUAUGUGGCAACACUGACCGACAUUGCUGUUAGUCGCGUCAGCAAAGUGUGUCUGUGCGUGAGGAACACUGGCUCCAGAGCAGCUUUCAUCAAAGCCGUGGCCUUCUCUGAUGUGCAGACGCGAUCAGUUAUGGAACCCUCUGUCAUCAGCCUCGCUCCGUCACAGUUUGUACUGAAGGAAAGGACACAAGAGGUGAUCACUGUUCUAAUGAAGUCUACCCAAAGAGAACAGACCCUGUGUCAGUCGGCCAAUGCACUGCUGGCCACUGUCUGUCUGUUUUGUGGAGAUGAGGUCUCCAGGCAGCAGUAUAGGAGAUUACUUCAGAGCAAACCAGAGGCUGUGCGGAAGGCUCUGUCUGAGAACAGUCUGCUGAAAAACAUCGACUUUAAUGAGAAGUUCCUGGGAGAAGAAAAUGUUACAGAGACCUAUGACCUGCCCCAACGGCCCAAUGAGGCUCACAUCUUCUAUGGAAACAUGAGUAAGAUAGUGGUGUCGAUGCUGGGAAGUACAAAGAGCACCAACUGUGAGGAGAGCGACCACACUGUGUCUAGCAGAGGGCAGCAGCAGCUCAGUUCAGAGACAAACAGUGGUCUGCCAAAUGGUAAUGUGUCUCUGGACGUGCUGCCAGUGAAAGGUCCCCAAGGUCCAGCACUGAGAGUGACAGAACCCUCCUUAAAGGCUUCAGAGCCAUUACACAGGCAGUCUGAGUCGUGGACCAUUCAUCCAGAACAACUUGUCCUCGCAGCUCCCACCAUCAAUGGUGCAGCCACCACCAGUCCGGUUCAGAUCCGAAACAAUACAUCCAGAGAGCUGAGCUUUGAUUUGUCCUGGCCCGCUCACUGCCUCACCAUCACCCCUCAGCAUGGCGUUAUCGAGCCUCAGUGCCACCUGCAGAUUUUGAUCAGCCCCAACCCUUCACUAGCAACUAAAUCUGCCCUGCUGCCAUGGAGUGGACAGAUUUAUGUCCAGUGCGAUGGUCAACAGAAGUUUAUAAAGGUCCAGAUUCGUCGGGACCUGGCUCUGGAUGUGUCCGCGGCGCCAGCAGACACAACUUUGUCAGCCCUGCCUCCUCAGGCUGCCACCCCAGUGCUGCCUGUGGCCAGGCUCACCAUCAAGCCCUCGCUACCCCCGCAGACCCCACAGGCACCUCCAGCCCUGGUGGAGAUCAACAACAAGACCAUCAUCUUCCCCACCACUCCCUCAGGGGAAACAUCAGAGGCCCAGCUGGAAGUGCAGAAUGGGGAUGUGGAAGUGAGGUGGUACCUGUCAUCAUUUGCUCCUCCAUAUGUCAAGGGAGUUGACAACACUGGAGAUGUUUACCGGGCCACUUACACUGCUUUCAGAUGCUCCAGGGUCUCAGGCACUCUGGGAGACCAUGAGAAGAUGCAGGUUCCUAUUACUUUCCUGCCCAGGGACAGAGGGGACUAUGCCCAGUUCUGGGACUUGGAGUGCCACCCUGUGUCUGAGCCUCAGCAGAAAACCAGAAUCCGCUUCCAACUCUGUGGCACCGGAAUAAAGUCUGGACCAGUGGAAGGACCACAGGAAGGAGACUGCUCUCUGGUGAAGACAGAGGCCGCAGUCAAGACCAGGAAGAGAACUGAUGCCUCAGCAGGCAAAACAAGCCAGGAGGAGGCUGUGCGGAGGGGUGUGUAUUCUCCCCAGGAUCUGUACACCUUCCCAGCCACACGGGUGGGUCAGUCCAGCACUCUGAAGGUCAACAUCCGCAACAACUCGUCCGACACGCAUGAGCUGAAAUUUGUAAACCCUAGGGAGCCCUUCCACAUCAAGCAUUCCAAUUAUUCCCUGAGGUCACAGCACUAUCUGAAGCUACCCGUCCAGUUCAAGCCCAGUACUGCAGGCAGACACGCUGGCUUGCUGCUCAUCCAGUCAGAAACAAGUGGAAGUCUUGUUAUUCAGCUGACCGGUGAGGCAUUGCCUUGAAUUCACCAUCUACCAUCCUACGCCACCUCCUCCAUGAUGGCUGGCUGGCUGGCUGGCUUUGGCUAGAUGCUCUUGUCUGUACUAUUCAUCAUGGGACAGACGAGAGUAACAGCAGUUUGCAGUUUUGCCUUUUCCUCUCUUAAGGAUCAAAUAAAAGCAACCCUGGACUUAAAUGCUUCCUCGUAAUCGUAUUUGGAGAUGUAGACAGUAGCUGAUUAACUGGAGAUGACUGAGACUCUACUGCCAACACGGCCUCAUCUGCCUCUGGAUGUGGCACAGGUGUCCUCAGCUGGCCCAUGAAAAAUGAUUGUGCCUGAAGCUGAAUGAUUUGGUCUGACUGGCUCACAAUUAGUCUGCAUCACUCUGGCAUUUCAGAGAGCUAAUGAUUUUUGUCACUUGACUCUGAACCUGGUAUUUGCCUUAUCCCUGUCAUGUCACAAGCCAGCAUUGUUGUCUCCAUGGCCCCUGUCAGACAGUACCAGUUGGGAUACGUUGGGGAUUACUGAGUUGGUCACACAGGAAUGCCUUGGUCUCUUGUUUGGUAACAUGGCUGCAGGGAUUUUUGUGUUUGUUUGUUUUUUGUAGGGGGGGAAAAACCAAGCCAUCUUGCCAACUGUCUACAUUUCAUAAAAUGUUCCUAAUUUUCUGUACUGGUGUGGUUUCUAUGGAAAUGGCUGCUCAGCAUGCAGAGCCCACCUGCACAGUGGCCUUUGUCAGCACCAUGUGUUGACUUCCCAGCAACCACAAAGACUCGUUCCAAACAGUCCAGAUGUACUUAAUUUAGUCAUGAUCAGGGCAGCUCAAAGCAACAUUAGAAUGGUUAAUGAUUGUUAUUACAUGCUAAAAGAGUUUCCUCUGGUGGGGUUUUUGUUCGGCAGCUUGCCAGGCCUGCUUAGUAUGGUUACCAUGGCAAAACUGUGUUAAUCACUGUUCCAGUCACAGAAAAUUAGUUCCCCAUUUCCUCUUUUGGCUCUGGGGCAAAUGGCCAAAAAUGCUUGGGGGUAUUGGAUUCACAUCCAUAAUUGGUUUUGGAACUGGAAUGGCAUGGGGAAAUGUAUUAAACGUCAUCAAGGAUGUGGUGUUAACCUGUUCGAUGCCACACAUUGUGACAACACUUUGGAAAUGAAAAACACUAGUGUUGAGCAUUAUUUUCCUGCUUGUAGAGCAAAUUUUAAUAUGAAGUAUAUUGUCACAGGCCGCUCUCAACAUGCCCUGACAACUAUCCUGACGUAUUUUGAUUUACAAUUUGCACAUGCGUUAAAUAGUAUAUAAUGUAAUAUAUUGUUGUAUGUACACAUUUUAAAUAAAGUUUUGUGAUAAAUA